CGUCAAAGCGGAAUGAUAUGUUUAUUUUGCUUGUUGUUUUCCUCAGAAAUUUCUGACUAUUUGCAAUUUGGCCUUUGUUGGCAACACAAGUAACAUUGAAAAAAAGAUCGCAGAAAAUCUUCUGUAUUUAUUAUACCAGGCACUUUUCGCAACAUUGUGUUUUUCCUAGGAAAAGAUAUUGGUAACAAGUGUACAUAAUGAUCAAAUUUCAAGCGAUCUUACUCGUUGCCUUUUUUACUGGAAUAUUUGGACGACAGCUAAUCCAGAGUAAUAUUUUUCCAUUUGACGAUGAUAUCGACGAUGAGAAUGAUUUCUUUGUGCCUCCAUACAAAGACUACCCGGCUAUGGCGAGAUUUCUUGUCCAUGAACUCGAUUGGUCACCAAUGGGCACUAUUUCAACUCUAAACUCAAUCAAAGGCUUCCCAAUGGUCAAUGUUAUCUCAAUAGCUGAUAGUGCUCGUGGAGAAAAGUCCACGGGACGUAUUUUCUUCUAUCUAACUGAUUUGGAUUUUACGGGAAUCGACCUAAAGUCAUCGAAUCGCUUGACUGCUUUAUUCUCAAUGGAGCAAAGCCGAAAUUGUUCAGACCACAGUACUGAUGCCAUGGAACCCACAUGUGCACGCGUUAUGGUGACCGGAACUGCUAAACAAUUGCAAAAGAAUGACGAAGAAUAUGAUUUUGCUAAGAAAGCCAUGUUCAGUCGCCACCCAGCAGCCAGAAAAUGGAUUGAGACUCACAAUUUUUACCUCUGUGAAUUGGAUAUCGCUCAAAUUUGUGUAUUGGAUUACUACGGAGGCCCUCAUUUUGUCACUCCCGAGGACUAUUACAAAGCUGAUCCUGAAAGAGUUUUCAGAAAAAGGCUGAAUCAUUUCGAUCUGCAAAAUAUAGAUGAGGGUGAAGAACUUGAAAGACGUCAUCACAAAAAAUCUCGAUCACUCCAUAUCCGAAUCCACAGAGACGUCGAUGAGAUUGAUAUUGAAGUUUAGUUAAUUUUAUCUAUAACUGGCCAUUUAAUUUUUGUGAUGGAGAAAUUGAGGCUGAUAUACCGCAGUGCCCAAAAAUACUAGUUGUGACAACAGAAAAUAAUGUGUAAUAAAAUGACAAAAGCAGA